UGAAGCAACCCCCGGCUGUGCAAAUGGCCUGUUUCAAUAGCACAGCAUAGCGAAUUCCAUCUAAAUUAUGCCGGACAGAAGAUUCUGCGUACGCAAGUAUCACGACAAAUUGCUCCCCAUGGCCGUAUCUGUCUCUCAUUGUGCUUCGCUGCUUUUCGGUGUAGCGUCGUUUCUAUUGUACUUUGUGCGGGGGGAACAUCAUUUAUACGUCAAGUUUUACAUCAAAAUCUUGAUAGCCACUGUAGCUCUCACAUCACUCGGACACGCUGGUCUAAACGAAAUUAACAUCCUAUCAGCAGUCCUUGAAGUAUCAGGCGAAGCCGGCUAUUUUCUCCUUGGGCUUUACGGAGCUCGCUCUUUAUAUCGCCUCUUGUUUCACCCACUUCAAAAAUUUGCCGGACCUGUAGGUGCAAGGAUUACAAGUUUCUGGCUCUCGUGGCGAGUGCGUCACCUCGAUACAUUUCGACAGCUCAAAAUUCUGCACGAUCAGUAUGGCCCUUUCGUGCGGAUCGGACCAGACAAUUUAUCUAUUUCUAAUCCAAAAGCCGUCCAGGCCAUCUAUGGGUCUGGAUCAAAAUGCACGAAGAGCUCCUGGUACGACUCAACUUGGCCCAUGGUCUCGCUCAACACGAUGAGAGAGAAGAAGCUUCACGACGAGCGACGGCGCACCUGGAGUCCUGCCUUUGGUGAGAAGGCUCUUCGCGGCUACGAGCAGAGGCUUCGUCUGUACCGCAACAGACUCAUUAGCCAUCUCAUUGAGUCUAACGGAGCUGGCAUCAAUGUCACUCAAUGGUUCAAUUUGUUCAGCUUCGAUUUCAUGGGCGACUUGGCUUUCGGUCGGUCCUUUGAUAUGCUGGAGCUGAACCAGGAGCACUGGGUUAUCAAACUACUAGAUGAAGCUCUCCAGCCACUUGGUUACGCAUUGCCAGCCUGGCUCUUCCAGAUUUUGACAUCGAUACCUGGCGUUACAAAGGAUUGGUGGCGAUUCGUUGACUUCUGCGCUGAGCGCAUGGACGCACGACUCAAAACCAAGGUAGACGUCCCUGAUAUAAUGUCGGCGCUUUCAGCUCCUUAUAAGGGCGGUCUUCCAACAAACGAGGAUUGGCGGGUCUUGAGGGGAGAUGCGCAACUGAUCGUUGUUGCUGGCAGCGAUACAACUGCGACCACACUUUCCGCGGCGCUCUUCCAACUCGCGCAACAUCCGAAAUACAUCAAGAGGCUCCGCACUGAGCUCGCACCAUACAUGACCGAACUUGUCGGCGAUAUUCUGAACGAACGCAUCGCAAAAUUGGACUGUCUCAACGCUGUCAUUUACGAGACACUGCGGCUACAUCCGCCCGUGCCGUCGCUGCAACCGCGAAAAACACCACCAGAAGGGAUCGUUAUCGACGGAAUGUUCAUCCCUGGCGAUACCGUGGUUUCUUGCCCUCAAUACGUUAUUGGAAGAAGCGCAGCGGCAUAUGAACAGCCCGAAUAUCUCAUCCCCGAGCGAUGGUACUCAUCACCAUCCAUGGUGAAAGUCAAGAGUGCAUGGGCACCAUUUUCGGUUGGUCCCUACGGAUGUAUCGGAAGGCCACUGGCCCUCCUCACUGUGCGAACAACACUUGCGAGAAUCGUCACAACCUUCGACAUCUCGUUCGCGCCUGGUGAGGAUGGCGGCGACUUUGAGAGUAAAGCCCAUGAGAGGUUCACGAUCGGGUUUGGUGACUUGAAGAUUUCUUUCAAGCUGCGUGAAUUAGUCGAAAGUCUGCCUGGAGGCACGAGCUCAACCUAGUGGUGGUGAAUCUAGAAUGGAUGGAAUGUUUUGCCAG